AUGAUCAAACUUCGUUAUUUUUUUUCCAAUAUCCACAAAACAAAGGCAUAUCAAAAUCUGGUUAAAUAAUAGAAAGCUUAAGUAGAUUUAGUUCAGAAUUAUAUGAAUCAAAUGAAGCAAGCAAAAUCGGAAGAUGAGUUAAUAAAAUUGAAAUACUAAUCAAUCAAUGAUUUGUAAAGGAUAAAAGAAGAAUAAUCUGAAAUAAUAGAGUAAAUUAAAUUGGAAAAGAAAAAAAAUUUUGAGAAACAUUUAAUCAGUAUGGAAGUUGAUCCUGAAGAUAUCUAAAAGCUGUAUAAAGGAAAAUAAAAAAAAAAUAAAGAUGAGAUCGUAAUUGAUGAUGAGAAGCAAAACACUAAUUAGGAAUAGAAUACGAAACAAACAUAAGAGGAAACAAAAAUAAAUGUACCUAAUAAUUUAGAAAUCAGAAAUUUAGCAUCUCCAAUUAGGACUUAAGGACAUCUCAUUUUAUUUGGUGUUUAAAGACAUAAUGCACAACAUUCUUCAUAUAUUUAUGAUGCUCUAUUUAAUUUGAAACCAUAAGUUAUAUUGACUGAUUUGCCUGUGGAUGAUCCAUUCUUUAUCAAGACUGAAGGUAAUUACACUUCAACUUGGAAAUCCUUUAUUGAAAAUAAACUAACCCCAACUUUCCUUGUUAAUCCAUAGCCAAUCACUUUAUCGGACAUUCACCUACAUAAAAAUAAGAUAAAAUGGAUUUUUGAAAACAAUAUAUUAAAGAACUCUUAAUUUAUUAUCAAUCCUACUAAUAUUAGUGAAAUUACUAAACCUAUGUUUGAUAAGGAAAUUGAAAUAAUAGAUAUUUUGAAAUCUCCAUUUUUAUAUAGUUAUCAUCACUCCACACCAAUCGUAAUUAAUGGAUAUCCAGAAAUAAAUUAUCGAUAUUUUCUGGCUGAGAACUGUGAAUUGGAUAACCUAAAAUAGUUAUUAAAUGAAAAGAAGAUUGCCAAACAAGAAAAACAAAGAAACUUUGAUCCAUGCCUAUUACAACCAGACUUGUUUAUUUUACCUAAAAUUAAAUUUAUGAUUGAAACAAUUAAAAUGACAUUAACAUCCUAUAGUAAUGGGAUAAUUAUAACAGAAUCUAACAAGAUUAAUCAAAUUGAAGAAGAAUGGAUAUCGUCGGCUCAUCGAUUUAUAUCUACAGAUUUAAGAACUUAACUACAUCCCAUUAAACCCAUUAAAGAGUCAGAAGAGUUUAUUAAAAAAUUAAUUAUUUUGGAUGAACUCAUCUCACCCUACAUUUAUAAUAAUUUCGUAAGAUAUAACAGCUUCCCUUAUCAAUUUAAUUCAGUUUUUAAGAUUAGUUUAUAAUAAUAUUGGGAUAAUUACAAGAAUUAAUUAUCUAGAUGA